AUGGAAAGGUGGGCCGUCUGCUUCCUCGCUAUCUCGGUUGCUCUCCUCGCCUCGCUGACCAGCGUGAACGGUCUGGGCUGUCCCUGCGUGGGAGGCCAGGCCUUCGCGCCCUUCAGCGGCCCCGGUCGAUUCACCAUCCCGCGGGUCAAGGCCAUGGAACACAGCAUGGAGUCCCUCAUCAUCAACUACAUCGCCCUCAAGCUGCGCGGCGGCUACGCGCGCGCCGUCUUCCAGGAGCCCUCCGACCUGCGCGACUACGCCUACGAGCACUCCAAGAUCAUGGCCCUCAAGGGCGAGGUCUUCUUCGACAACUGGCCCGCCUCGUGCGCCGGCAACCUCGGCGGCGCCUGCGACUGGGACUUCUACCGGGCCAACCGCAAGUACUACAUCCAGGAGGUCCACUCGCUCGACUUCACCGACGCCGGCUUCCCGCUGCAGGACAAGACCGGCGGCAACGGCUACUGCGUCGACAAGGUCGAGGAGUUCUACGGCAAGUCGACGAUCCCGUCGGCCGCGGUGCUGAUGAAGGACGUGGUGGACAACAUCGCGACGACGAUCGACGACCUGUUCCCCAACGACGGCGUGGUGGCGUCGGCCGGGCCGCACCUGUGGGGCGUGGGCGUCUACACGGACUCAACGUCGAGCGCCACGACCUUCUGGCUCACCAUCAUCCGCGUCACCCUCAUCUCCUCGGCCCCGUGCGAGUGCGCCAUCGCCCCGUGCGCCGCCGCCUAA